UGAUGACAAAAAUAAAACAUGGCGGAUGGUGGUUCUUUAAGAGCCAAGCAAAGCACAGCUGCUAAUUUCAGAGCUCACUGUCACAAGGAGAAAGGAAAGAGGGAAAUACGAGCUUUUUUAGACGGUGUACUUAGUCUUCAACAUCCUUUUGACGCGGAAAGACAAGAAUGGUGUCUGUGGUUAAUUGCUGGAGGAAGGCCUCCGGAGGAAUUUAGAAAUGUGUUACGCUCUUACGACACACCAACUAUUUGUGGUUUGGUAUGGAAUAAGAAUUUUGUGGCGUAUCGUUGUAGAGAUUGUGGCAUUUCUCCUUGUAUGUCAUUAUGUGCGGAUUGUUUUCACGCUGGAAAUCAUGAAGGACAUGAUUUUAAUAUGUUCAAAAGUCAGGCUGGAGGAGCUUGUGACUGCGGAGAUGAGGAUGUUAUGAAAAGAGAGGGGUGAGGAACUAACAAUGAUUAGUUUAUUCGUUAUUUCACAGGGGCAAAUUUUGCCUUUAAUGUUUUUGUUUAUAAUCAGACUAUAUAUUCCUUUUUUAAAAUUCCAGCUAAAUGUAAAGAUUAGGCAAUUACAGAAUUCUGUUGCGUUGUUGAUAGCUUUCAUUUGUAUCACAUCAUCACCUUUACUAUUUUGCUUUAGAAAUUGAAAGUUCUUGGCUAAGUUUAUUACAUUCCAUACCAAUUGUAGUAUGUUAUGAACCCAGAGCUUUUAAUGCAUCAUAAUUCUUAGAGCAAUGUUUUGCUGUUAAAUGUAAUCAGUUUAUAAGCUGAUUUUGAUUGCUUUUGUUUAUAUUAUGCAAUGAACUACAUGUAUAAACCUUCCACUCCCAGAUUUAAUGAUGGAGUCUUUUAACUCUUGAGUAUGUGGAUGAAAUAGAUCGCCCCAUAUAAGGGAAUCCAAGACAGUCUUGGAUUCUGGAUUCCAUGCCGUGGAUUCCAGAUUCCAGGUACUUGAUUCCAGUCUUUGUCGGUAGAACUUGGAUUCUGGAUUCCAUUCCUUUGUACGAUUUCAGAUUCGUUGAGCUGUAUUCCAGUUUCCAAAGCCCAGGGUUCUGGAUUCCACAAGCAAAAUUUUUCCAGAUUCCGGAAUCCCUUACACUUGGCAAAAUGGACCGUUCCAUGGGUUUUUUGACUUUUGUCUGGGACCAGGUAGCAAAACUCCAUCAACAUGGCUUGAAAGAAAGCCUUAAAUCAGCAAAUUUGCUGUGAAAGUGAUUUGUUGAAAACUAAGAAAAAUAUAGCUCCGCAGAGUCGUGGUGGGAGGCAAGUUUGUGCCCCCCACCAUACAAACGUCUGUAAAAGUAAUAUUGCAGUUUUGUGGGGUAAUAUAUUUGCUGUCUUUGGAUGUUUCACCUUUAAACUUGGUAGGUUACCUUAUUUUAAAGCCCUCUAUCGAGCAGUGUUGAUGGAUAUUUGCUUAAAUAUACUGCUCUUUAUCAAAAGUUAAAAGAAAGGAAGGGUCUUGCAUCUUUGACCAUUUAUUUUUUAUUUUAAUAAUAUAUGAUAGUCAGCAUUUUACAGUUCCAAUGUGCAGUUUUUGUGUAAUUUCGACUUUGGCAACUUCUGGGAAUGAAAGGGUAAAAACUGAAUUUGAUACAGGUUUACACAAACACAAGUCAGGCGCCAUGGGUCACCGGGCACUGCUAAAGUACAGCCUUGACUUAAUCACUGUAAACUAUAUUUUGCAUCUGGUGAUUCUACAUGCAAGUGACUUCUGAUUAUCUUUCCUCGAUUCGGUAUGUGAAACAAAUAAAUGAAUGAAAGAUGAAUUUCAUUGGUGAUUGUACCCAUCCGCAACACCAUGAAACUACCAUAAUAAUAUUGAAGGGGUGCAUUGAAUAAAGCUCUACAGUGUAAGCAACUCUUGAUAUUUUGUUAAAUUCUCCUUUAGCUUUCAAAGAGGUUAUCAAGAAGAAGAUUCUAGCCUUUUUGUCUCUAUGAACUCCUUCAAUUGGUUUACUAUUGACUAGAUCUGUGAUGCAUGUUCCUGUGUUCCCUGACAUAUGCUUGUAACAUAUGCUCUAUACAGGAGCUCAGAUAAAGGGGCUAAAAUUUAUCAACAAACCAUUUCAUUACAGGUUUUGUCAUCGGCAUGGAAAAAAGGAUACCACUGUCUCGAAAUCUCCACCUCCUGAACUGUUAGCCAUGGCUCAAAUUGUUGUUCCAAGGCUCUGUGUAAGGCUUCAUCAACAGCUAAAAGAACUGGAACCAUACACAAUAGGUACAUGUACAUAAGUCAUUCACCUGAUAACAACUAAGGCCCGGUUCAGACGCCGAUCUUUUGUUGAGCCGAACCUAAUACAUUUAAUUAAGUACUUGAAAAGUUAUUUCAAUUUGGAACGGCUCAGCUGUUCUUCAUGCCUAGCCUGGCCUGGCUCCGAUUCAGACGCCGAACUUUUCAUGUACCGAACCUAGAGCAUGAAAUAAUUAUAAUAAAGUAUUUUGCAAGCAGUUUGACCAAACUGAACAUUUUUCUCAUUUUGAAUUUAGUUCGACUGGAAUUAAGAUCGGCGUCUGAAUCAACUCAGGCUGUCUAAAUAGUUUGGGUCUGCCUUAAUUCGAAUUAGGCACAGCUCGUGAAAGUUCAGUGUCUGAUUCGGGCCUAAGAAAAAUUGACUUGGCUUUGUAGCGUUAACACAAUUACUGGUAAACCAGCAGUUAACAUUGUGGCCCACAAAUCCUGAAGGACAGAAAUAUAUGUAAACAUAACAUGGUUAAGAAUUCCAGCUGUCUAGAGGCAAACCACUUGGCUAUUUCCUUCAAGCAUGACCGAGAAGUUACACCUGGGACUACUAGGAACAAAUCAAGCUAGCGGUUAGGGCGUGGAUUGAACUCUGGGCCUUCAGGUUGAAAUUUCAGCAAACUAACUAAAAUCGGAUUAAUGUAGGUUUCUGGGAAACUGCCCACCUACCCCUUCCCUAAGCCAUCAUUUUGCCUAAAGUGAGAAGUAAGUGUUAAUGUUAGUUUAGGGGAGGGGUGGGUGGGCAGUUUCCCAGAAACCUAAAUUGAUCUCUAAUGCAUGCUGCCUCCAUAACUACUAACUGCCAGCCAUUUGGCUCAGUGGGAAAUGUGCUGGUCUGCUUAUUAAAGGGACUGGUUCACGAUAAUGCGCAUGCGCGCCGUUUGUCUCUUCAGAAUAAAUUUGUUGGGUCAACACUAAAUUCGAAAUCGCCAUUACCGGUACAAUCACUGAAAAUCCUUCGUUUUAUUCGGACAUCCGCCGCUUUGGCUGGUCUAGUUAUACUUCGGUAGUGGUGAUUAACGUGUGGUUGUGUCGUUUGACUGGUUACGUUUUAAGAAGACGCAAAAAAUAAUGUUUUGAUCAUGGAGGUUCAGAAGAGCAUCGUGGCCGUCUGGCAACAGGACGUUCUCAAUAGUCUUUGAAGAUAGAGAAGCUUAGCCUAUCGAUUUGGUAUGGUUCUAGGAGUAGUGUGUGGCUUACGAAAAGUAUACACGACACUUUGAAAGUGGUUAAAGGCAUGAGUUCGUUCAACUUUGAUUUGAUUUUUGACUCCGACCUGUAGUUAUACCGCAACGGGCAUGCGAUCUUCACCGAUCUGGUACACUUGAAAUUUUCCUUGUAUCUUUGCUUUACGAUCGUAUAUGUUUAAGAAUUGAUGUUUUUAAAUAAAUUAUUGCCUGAGUAUUCUGUUUAUAAUCUAGUUUCUUUAUUUGUGCUACUCGAUAACAUUUGUUUUUUAUGGAACACUGACCUGAUGCAACGCGAAUGAAUUUGUUCAUUUGCUGAUAAGCAUUUGAAAUUUAUGCUCAAUUAAGGAUAAUCUUUAUACUCAUACGUUGUAUGUUUUUUUGUCACCGGUCAGGAGCUAUUUGUAGGUAUUUCUGGAUUUAUAUAAGACGAACUGAGAGAACAGUAACAAGAUGUUUGUUUACAAAUUUUGUUUGCCGAUCGGUGACUGCUUUGUUAGCGUGGGUACGACCUCGUAAAAAUACACGUUGGUAAAUGUUUGUUUCAAAGCAGGACAGGGCUGUAAAUCUUAUUCUAAUCGGCUGCAACAUAUAUCUGAGGAGUAGCAAAGAAUAAACUUGAAUUAUGGGGAUAAAUAAAAUCAAACCAAAUGCCCGGAAAUACUCUUGCGUCGCGAACAAUUAAUUUGAAUUUUGUAAAUUUACUUGCAUGCAUCUAACUCGCUUCCGAUUGGUUGAAAAACAAUCAGCUACUGUCAGAACUCACACAUGCGCAUUAUCGUGAACCAGUCCCUUUAAGAAGUCAUAGGUUUGUCCUGGUCAGAUCACCGUCCAGGGCAGGGCUUGAAAAAAAUCGAGUCUAUGUAUACUGAAAGAUAUGGACAUGUAGAUUUCCUUGCUUGGCAAGUAACUUUUAAAGCUCACUUAUGAAAUGAGCAAAGGCUCAGCCAAGUCAUUUACCAACUAAAUCAUACACUUCAUGUAAGACAAGCAAAAUAUGAGAGCUGCUUGUCCAGAUGGCAUGCUGAAAGGUUUCUUUGAGCCCCUGCAGAGUCUUUUAACAUUGUUCCCCCUAAAUUUUAGCUCAGCAGGUAAGGGACCAUUCAUGGCCAGUACAGGCGCACUUUCCUGGGGGGAGGGGGGCAGUGGAGCGAGGGACAUGGCCCCACCCUUGCUGGGUAAUAUAGGAGCUAAGUUCUCUGAAACGUCAUCCCCUCAUUUUAAGACCUAUUUUACACAAAUUGGCCAUUGUCAUCUCAAGACAACAAUUUAAAAUGGUUGGUUCCAAUAAUUUUACUCUGUCUUCAGUGUUCUCUUUCCAAAAUGUGUGGCCCAUAAUAAUUUAGUUCUUUUCCAUAUGUAUUUAUUCAUUUUCCUUGUGAGAAUCUGAUCGGAUCAAACUUUCCUUUUUUGAAAAUCUACUAUCAAUUUUAGUAAACCUUCAAGUGGUUGCGGGUGGUUAGAAGUGUUGCUUCAGCCAGUAAAUUUUUUUUACCGGUUACCGCCUGAUAAGGAAAACACUGUCAUGAAGGUUGCAACAAAGCCCUUUUCAUUUAUUGUAGUUUUAUUUAUUAUUUAUCCAUUUAUAUUUACUCAAGGGCCUACAGUGUACAUGUACAUCGUAUACUGAUCUCUGCAUUUUACAUUUCAGAUCCAUUAUCGGAUGAUAUGAAUGAUGCUAAGGUCCUGGUGAAUUUUCUUGUUCAGUUAUGUGACACUAACACCAUGAAAACUAUAGCAGCUGAGUCAUUGAUGAUGAAAAUCAUGGAUGUAGAAAGAACUUUAAGGGAAAGGAGAACUUCUUAUACUGCUUCUUGUACCUCAUCAUUUCGUAGCCCUUCACUUUCAUCAAUUGGUAGAAUGGGUAGUUCAAGUUCUUGCUCAAGUGUCAUGUCUGCCGACAGUAUGGAUGACUUUGCUAAUGUAACAUUUUUGGAUUUUUUGAUGGACUUUGUGACACAAUUUGAAUUUCCAGAGAAAAUGGUCACAUUUCUUCUUCAUCUGUUGCCAAAUGCAGACUACAAGGUACAUGCAACUAGGUAGUUAAUGAAUAAACCAAUUUGAUCUGAUCAGUUUAUUUUAGAACUGGUACAUAUCAUUUGCAGUGUUUUGGCCAAAAUGUACUCUAAAAAAUGGUUCCUCCAUCUAGAUGAAGUUAUAGAGUUGAAGACAAAGUAAAUAAAAUUCAUUAUGGUGAUACACUUAUUUAUUGUUUUAACAUUCCACUGAUGUCUCAAAGUAUGGACCUGUGGAGGAGAAGUUGCAAAAUAUUUUUCCAAGUCCUUCCAAGAAUCCAUGCAAAAUAAAGGAACCCUGAUCCUUUCAAUCUCUUCCUUUUUUGUCUUGAUUAAAAUCUGUGAACAUAUUAUCCCUUUGGCAGCAUGCCUUCAAGGUCUGAUGGACAAUUGAAACGAAAACCAAUUUUGAUCGAAGCAUGUUAUAAUCCAUCUAAACACCAAGUAAAUAAUAUCUGGUGAUAAUUCAUCUUUAUAGUCAUGUGUUAUCUGUCUUAAAAAUAAUUUUAUCAUGUUUAUUUGGGUUUGUAUUUUCUAAGAUUUUUAGUUGCAAAUGUGUGGUUAUUGGCAACAUUCCAUAAAUAUUGUUUGGGUCAUAAGAUGUGAGACUUAAUCAGCUACAUUUACAUGUCAAUGCAUGAAUUUUUUACACAUAUAGAUGUUUGCACUAUAUAAAUGAUGUUUAUUAUUAUUAUUAUUAUUAUUAUUAUUAUUGUUACUUCUUCUUCUUCUUCUUCUUCUUCUUCUUCUUAUUAUUAUUAUUAUUAUUUUCAACAGGAAGCAUUUACACGAGUAUUUUGUCAGAAUUAUCAGAAGAUAGCCAAGGCUCUGGUACAAAAUGGUGACCAGCGUGCUGUGGAGCAGUUGUCAAACCGUGUGGUUCAUGUCAGUGUUCAGUUGUUCAGUAACAAAAUCCUUGCAGAGAAAGUAGUACAGGAGCAGAAUUUACUGCAAAUCAUGGUCAAAGUUUUACAUGACAUGGCAAGACCUUUGCUGCAGCCAUUUAGGCGUGGAGGUAAGAGAAACGUUUUUAUCAGUUUUGUAGAGAAAAGUUUGAGACUGACUAAAGCCAUAUGAGGGUUACAUGCAUGUAUGCCUACCGAAUACACUGCUUUUGUAUAGUCAACUCUUUCUGAAAAAAACACCACCUAGACUGACUAAGUGUUCUAUGAAAAGAGCUUGGAGACAAAGGAAAUUGAGUAUCAAACUAAGUUGAAACCAUUUUGACCUGAAUUUCAUUUUAAGGUAUGAGAUGUAUUUUAGUGGGGUAUAGUCAUGUAAAAGUUUCUGUUGAUAAAGACGUGACUGUCCUCAUAACUAGACUAUGAACAAAGCUGGACUGGUGUGACAGUCUAGAUAUGAUUAUGAGUGCAAGAUCAGGUUUUAGCGUGGCGUAAAAUGCCGAAGUCCUUACAGGAAUGAAUUUCAGUUUUUCCUGUUUCUGACCAGCAGAUAGAGACAUAAGGGAUAAGAGUGUCCUAAAAAGUUACCAUCAGAGGCGCAUAAACUUCCGUGUUGUUUUUAUUAAAAAAUAAUACUUACCAUUGCCCUCAAUCUUGCACUCAUAUCCAAGUCUGCUGAUACUGACUCCCUUUUUUUUUACAGACAUGGUUUCCAACCACGAUGUAGUGGAUUGUGAAGGUCCCACCCUUAAGAAUCAUUGUUACUGGCCAAUUGUAAGUGAUUUCAUCAAUGUCCUGUCACACAAGACAAUAGCAGAGAUGUUUAUGCAGAACAGAGAUCUCAUCAAGCAAUGGCUAAAGUUCAUUGGACACUUGACAGGUUAGGUUGUUUCUGGGGAGGUUACUAGUACUCUGUUAAUGUUUCAGCGUGUGUAGUGGUAUUAUUACAUAGUGGGAGCUUUCUUAUUGGACACUCUCAUAAGCCAAUGGCUCUCACCUUUACAAAACCUUGUUUUUGUCAACUCCCAUACAAACUCUAUAUUUUGUUACCUUGUUCCACAUAAUAAGGGUUUUUUAAAUUUUUGUUCAUUUAGAAUCAUAAUUUGCAUUCCCAGUAUCAUACAUGUAGUUUCUAUUUUAUAAUGAUUAUUAUCUACCGGGUAUUGUUUUACACAGGAAUGAACUUGAACAGCCGUAAGCUUCUGCGACAUAUUGAGUUUGAGCCAAACACAUACUAUACAGCAUUUGCAGUGGAGCUGGAAGCUGCAUCAUCACCGCUGUGGAGCUUUGUUAAUGCUUGCAUAACUCUGGUAUGUUCCUGAUCAUCAUUACAGUUAUACUCAAGUUAACCCUACUACUCCCAACAUUGGUCAAAGUGUAAUUUGACAAAAAAAAAUCCAAACAUCAUUUUCUAAAAUGCUGAAAAACAAAAUAGUACCAUAUGAAUGUUAGGGAUCUCUUUAAGGGCUGGGGGGCAGAGAUUUCCCCCGGCUACAUGACGAUGGGUAUGACUUCUUAGCUACUUUCACGGGCAACAAGAGAGAAGAAGAAACAAAAGAGAUUCCCAGCUGUUCAAUUUCCUGCCUGGUAAUUGAUUGCACAUACACGUACAGUGCCUGGUAACCUUUGUUUUGGUGAUGACCAAGCAAAAUUUUCUUUUGUCCGACCAAGAUGGUGUCUGAGUGGGACAUAAUAAAAUUAUGUCCAUUCAAGGGAAAAAAAUUAUUUGCAACCCUGAUACUUAGAGGUUAGAAAAAUAUUAGAGAUUACUUGCACUACAGAUCUUUAUAACCCCCUAGAACAGAACAGAGUAAUGAAUUUUCUUCCUUGAGGACGGGUAGAUCUGGUUUUAAAAAGUUACCUUUUGUACCUGUUUCAGAAAAAUAUCCAAUGUGUCCAGAACAUGAUUAGUGGAAGUAUAGAUGCUCUUGAAAGAUGGUACAAGAAGGUUGACAGCAAGGUUAGUGUGUCCAUAAUCAAUUUGGAAUGGUUGCAUUAAAUGUCGAGAUAUUUGUAGACAAAUUAAAAUAUUGAAGUUCAUCUUAUUUUUGUUGUAGCCUCAGCGAGGAGAAGUAACUUUUCAUCUUCCUCUUCAUCGACAUCUUGCUGCAUUUAUAAGCCUGGUAAGCAUUUUACGGUACAUGUAUAUUUUUGUGAUUAGUAUUACUUCAUACAGUGUACAUAUUGUAGCUAUAAUAUUAUAUUUUGUGUAUUUAAUAUUUUUAAAUAAAAUGUGAAUUCAUCAUGCGAUGUGCAGUGGGACUAGCUCAGUUGGUAGAAGGCUUCACUGCUAAACAGGAGUUCGCAGGUUCAGUCCCUGCGGUCAGACCAGCACUCUGGUCUUAAAGGUACUGCCUUCGCCCUGCAAAUGGAUAGAAUUUGGCUUGGCUUGGAUGACCACAUAAAAUGGUGGCUCUGUCUCCAGAAGUAGAAAUAAAAUAGGAGACAUAAAAAUAGUGUCCUCCAUUAGUACUAUCCUGCUGAAUGCAUUAAACACAUAAAGUGCAAUUUUUUCUCUUUAAUACUAGGCUGUAUCACACUUUGAUGUUCCCUUGGAGCAAGUGAUUCCUUCACAUCAUUUGUUGAGAAGCAUUUGUGAAGAUCUUUUGCACAUUCAGGUAAAAGUAAAGAAAUUCUCUCUAAGUGGAUUCUUUGAUCAAAGUUUUAAAGCUGAAGCAUUAUUUUUAGAAAUGCCAUUGUUGAUCUACAUGUACUUCUAAGUUGUGGGCCAAAGUAUUAGUUGUGAACAUGCCCCAUUCCAAACUGUAAUUUUCAACCCUAUCAUGAGACAAGAGUCUUGCCUCAAGGGCCAAAUACGCAACACUUGUCUCUCAACUCAAGACUCUUGUGACCUUGUAAGAGGGUGGCAACUUACUUUACAGUUCUGUUCAUGUAAUUUAGUGAAGUAUCAGGGUGAGAGAAAUACAGUACUUUUGUUGCAAUAUAAAUUGGUUUUGAGAGACCAGUGACACCAAAGGAGGGCACCCCAUACCUAAAGAACAUUUUUUCCAUUGAAUCUAUUUCUUUCAACAAGACCAAAUAUCAUAUUGACAUCAACUAAAUGUAUGAUUCACAGGCUGCAAUUUGUGAAAUCCGCGCUGGCAGAUGGGUGCGCAAUGGAUCUCAAAUCAGAAGUCAAGUUCGAUUAUAUGUUGAGUGCCAUUUCUGCAAUUCAAUACAGGAUUUGGAUAUUUUUCUGUUGCAGGUGAAUUGUUUUGAAAAUUUCUUUUCUUGGUUUUUGUUGUCCAGGAAUUUUUGGCUUUUUUGGAAACAAGGUCGAAGAUAAAUAUAAUACCUUGAAAACUAAACCUUUUGUAUAAAAGAAUCACUUCUGAUUUGUUUCAGAUCUGUGCCAUGUUUUUGGAUCCUGAUGUCUUCAUUGAUAUCAUGAUUGAGAGGUUUGUUUAAUCUACUGUACUUUUUGCCUUUCUGAGUACAGGCAAGAUGAUGAUGAAUGAUGAUGAUUAUGAAUUCAUGGUAUUCCUUUUAAAACAGUGCUAAUAUUAUCACUGGCCAUAAAAUUUUAAAAAAUGGAUUUCCUUUGUCAGUUAGUCAUUGUUAUUUUUUUAACCUUUAGUUUCAGUCUAACACACUGGUUUAAGUUUGGCAUGCCAGUUGUGUCCAGUCCUCCUUGUUUUGAUGUUGACACAGAAGUAUCCAUGGUGGAAGGAAUGCUGACUCUACUCAUCACUCUUCUCAGCACAAGACUACAUUUAGGUAACACUACUGCCUUUUGCUCAUAUUUUUUCCACAUUUCAAAAUCUACAUAUCUUCAGUUUAGGUUUUUUACACAGAGUUAGCUCUGUUGCCCGCAGAGCGGGUUCCAAGUAAUGGCUUCCCUUGCUUGCCUAGUCAAUACACCUGUACAAAGUAGAUCUUGUGCAGCUUGCAGUCAUGUGACCUCCCUUAUAUUGUACAUGGAAUUUUUCGGGUUAAAGUGAAGACGUCUCUUGCAAAAUGUCCCCAGCAGCUAAGAGCAAUGAGAUGUGGCUUUAUUCGCAAGCUCUAGUCAUAAUAACAUUAACAGAAUCGAAAAAAUUCUACAGCGCAUAACUUUAAGGAUUGAUGUAUCUCCUAAAAGAUGUAACAUUUUAUUAUCUUGAUUUUUUUUCCAGGUCUUACUGAAAAAGAAAUCUUGCGACAAGAGAUGGUAGCUCAGCUCUGUAUGGGAGACAAAACACACAGUCAAUUGCUCGAUCUCAUAUCCUUUUUGCCUUGAAUUUCUGUGAUGUCACUAUCCACCCAGCCCCGGUUGUUCAGACUUUAGAUACGGCUAUCAACCGGAUAAAUCACCAUGAAGUGGAUAAGUAUUAGGGAAACCAAUAUUCCAUUAUCCAGUGAGUAGAGAUUUAUCUGCUGGAUAGCAUCAUCCAACUUUCGAACAACUGGGGCCAAAAUAAUAUUGUACAUGUUAGGCAUAUUCUCCAGCUAUUGCCUGGGAAGAAAAUUGUUUGGGAAAAAACAAACAAAAAACAAAGUUUGGACAAUUUUUGUAAGACAAAGAAAAGGUGCCUGAUUGGGAACUACUGAAAACUGUAUGAGAGCACAAUAAAAAAGAAAUACAAAAAAGUUCAUAAAAGGUUAGAUUGAUAGGGAAAGUUGUUAAGUCAGCUUUCAAACAUAAUUUGUUUAGGUGGAUUUAAAAUCAUUGGCUCAACCCUUUUUGCAAUCAAGUGUAAAAAGGGUGAUAUUUUUUGUUAUGAAGCCAUGAGACAUGCUAAACCAGGUAAGUUUAAGAGCUUAUAAUAAUUGACAAAAUUUUGGAAACUGAACUAAAAAUAUAUUAAAUGGCAAAAGAGUUCCCCCCCACACACACACACACACACCUAAAUUACAUUAUUUUCUUUAACAUUUUGCACAUUCCUGAUAAACCAGGACAAUCUCACAACACGCAGGAUUUUGAAAGCACACUUAGUGAGGUAAGGUUUUUUUUUACAGUACCUGAAUGUUGAGAGGGUUGGGGUACACUUUGUGAGGUAAGAUGGGGUCACACUUAUGAGGUAAGAUUGGGGUCACACUUAGUGAGCUAAGAUUACUGUCUACAGUACCGGGAUAUUGAGAGGGUUGGGGUACACAAAGAGACAGGGUAUAGCAUACAUACUUGGAUGGGAGGGGAAGGGGUUGGGGGUGGAGGUGAUCGCAAAACUUAUGUAUAAAGCAUAUGUAGUAGGUAAAAUCUGUUCUGAGGUUGCUUUGAUAUUUUCUGGUAGAUUGAAAUAACAAUUUUGUGAUUUUGAUUCUCAAUCCAAGCUGGCAGAUUACAGAGGUCCAAGUUUUGAGAGUGGAUCGAUGCAGCAGGGCAUUUACAUUCCCAAAGGUAGACUUCUUUGUAGGGGCUUUUUCCUCCCAGUAAAAUCUAUUUUAAAAUCCUUGACAGCCUCUUUUUUCUUUUGGAGCAAUGGCUGACUCAUAAAACAGGGCUUGUCUGAAAUAGAUUCUCUUCUUUAAUUAAAAAUAUAUCCAAAAAUGACAACAGUCAUAAUUUACAGCUGAUGCUUGCAAGAAGUGUGACAAAAUAUUAUUUUUGUUAAAUAGAAGUGGUUAUAAAACAAUUUUGCUGUAUUUUCCGUUUAGAUUCUGUUUGGAAGAAUGAUUUUGAUUUCAUUCAUGUGCUAUUAAGAGCUGUCCAACGCCAAGAUGUACAAUCAUCUAUGGAGCGUUACAAAGCAAGGUGAGUAAAUAGUUACUUCUCAAUCUUUUUGUUAACUGAUUUGUGAGACUGUUGACUGUUAACUACCUGUUUAUCAAUUAUUUUAGGAGAUCAGAAAUCCCUUCAUUUCCCAUAACAGGGUCCUGGGCUUAACACUGGUUUUAUCAAUUGAGUGUUUAAAAAUUCAAUUUACCACUGUACAAAGAUUGGAAUCAAAUGAAGAAGGAUCUUUGCAGUUGUGAACACAAUUUAUGUGAUUGCUUAAGAAGCCUGAAAAAAAUUCAGGACUUCAACGGAAUUUGAACCUGUGACCUUGCAAUACCAGUGUGAUGCUCUAACCUACUGAACUAUGAAGCCACUGAUGUUGGGAGCUGGUCAUUUAUGUGUUUAUUGUUAAUUAUUUUAUGAAAUAAAUCAUAUAUUUUUUUAUGUGUUUAUUUUUAGACGAAACUGAGGUCUAAAGGGCCAAAAUUUUUUUUUUUUGAGACUGGGCCCCCCUUGUCUCAGAUCUCAGAGACUGGAUGACCAGCCCCCCCUCCCCCUCCUGAAGGUCUGGAUCUGCCAAUGAGAGCUUGCUUGCAGGCUAACUUUUGAGGGUUUAGUUACAUAACUUCCAGAUAAUGAAAGUUGCUUGUACAGUAUUUUGUUUUCCAUAUUUUUGCAGUGCUUGUAAGAAUGGAUCACCUGCAAAUGGCCCACUCUGGCCUCCAUUUUUGCCACUGAAACCACUCUGUGCAAAGUUCAGUCGAUUAACACAGUUUCUCCAUUCAAAGAAGCUACAUGGAAUACUGUUUUUCAUCUUUCACAAGGUAACAGCUGAUUUAUCAUGGUUAUUCAGUGCUAUGAAAUUUCUCCAAAAAUUCUGAGGUUUAGCUCUCAUGACUGUAUUUUUUCAAAAAGUUUGCUUUCUGGCUUUGAUUGAUCUAUAGUUUAACGUUAUUGUAAUGAAGUAUUUCUAGUUAUAAGGUUAGAUUUCAAAUAGGUUUUAGUGUUGGUUGGCUUCCUUGUGUCUUCAGGAUAAUUGUUUACAACCAGUAAAUUGUGAAGUCAAGGAUCCAAGGCAUUUUAAACCCAUGGCCUCUCAUGUAUGAUACAAGCAACAGGGACCCUUGGAAGGACCUUAACAUCUGAUCCUUGGUUUCAAGUGUUUCAUGGUCCUCAGGUUAACUUUACCCCUUUCACUUUUUGACCACAUUUUGGUGAGAUUUUUUGCCACUCAAACUUUUAAAUCUGUAGGUGCAAUCCUAUGAUGUUACCAUUCAAAUGAAACCUCAGACUUUAGCAGUACUUUCACAUUGUUCUAUAGAUUUAGUAUGUAGUUCUCACUUUUGAGUCUGUGGAUGGAAUCCCAUGGUUUUACCAUUCAAAUGAAACCUCUUCAGCAGUACUUUCACAUGGUACUAUCGAUUUUGUGUGUAGUUUUACCUUUUAAGUCUGGAAUGAUGGAAUCCUAUGAUGCUACCAUUGAAAUGAAACUUUUUUGGCAGCACAAUUGCAUUGAAUCCUUUAUUUCUUUGGAUUUUGCAAAGAGAAAUUUGAUAUUUUUUGGGAAUUCUUUCUUUGGCCUUUGAACUUAGGACUCUAAAAGUCAUUAUAACUCUUUUGAAUUUACUUUCCCCUUUUUUUUCUUCAGGCUGUGGAAGACAGUAGCUCCUUACCAGAUGCAGUCUUGUACUCUUCCAUUUAUCUGACAAAGCUAGCUAUACUGGAUGCACUUAAAAUCUCCCAUCUUGUAAGUUGAGUUAAAUUGUUAGACUGGAAGUGACUUGAUAUAUUAAUUUUGGCAGAAAAAAAAUACGCACUGAUAUUUUACCAGGCUCCAAUAAGCUGCUCUCUUGGGUCUGGUCGUGUUCCUCCCUUAGAAGAUUCUUUUUGGGGAAGAGCACCAGCUCAUUUUCUGAACAGCGGGUAGUAAUUGAGCCUAAUAUUUUUCAUGGUUUUCCUGUCCAAACGGAAUGGAUACAAAGAGAUUAAAUGACCAGGGGCCAUUACAUAAGAGGUAAGGUCAGACGUAACAACUAUCAUCUGGCAUUUAAAGAGGAGUUUUGACUGGACGUUACUUCACAGUUGGCCCCAGUCGUUUUGAAAUUUUUUCAUUUUUAGUCUUGAUGCCAGUGCAUUCCGGGAAACUGAACAGAGUAUGUGUUAUUUACAUAUCCAUACAGAUGGCACCCGAAAUGCAGUUGUCUCAAUUUUCAGUAUAAUGUGUGUUCAGAAAUCCACCAUCACAUUUUCAUCAUUGUGUCUUCAUUUUGUCAGUGUUCUUUGCCUUGUGCAGCUGGCAGUCAGGACUCAAAGGAAAUUGGCUGUAUUAUUGUGGAUCGCUGCAUUGACUUCCUCAACGUUCAUGGUUUGUUAGCUUUUUAAGUGUUCUUGAGAAUCCUCAUUCAAGCAUUAUGUUGCUGUUAACUUUCUAAGCUUUCUAAAACCUUUCUUAUAGAGUGGGACUAAAAGUGACCAAAAUUUAAAAAAAAUCGGGAAUUUUAUUUUGUGAACAUUGCAACUUGUAGUAUUGUAGAGUCUUUAUGUACAAAUUGUAUAAAAUUAAUUUAAAAUAAGAAUUGGAAUUGUCUUUAUUUAUUAUUCAUUUAUUCAUACGUAUUUCACUCACGAUAUUAGCUUAAUAGAGCUACUCUAAUAAUUUGAGUUGAAAUAACGCGUAUGUAUGUAUGUGUGCAAAAAAGGCAGUACUUUUUGAAAGCACUGCUCAAUAAAUAUUAUUCUAGUGAUUUUUUUUAAUACAUCAUAGGAUUUGGGGCAAAGACUGAAAAAUUAGAGGUCCAUUCAUUUUGCCUCAAGAUGUGAACAGUUGAUGAUGUUGUUUUUGUUAUUAGUAUUAUUAUUGUUGUCAUUAUUACAACUGAUUACUAGUCCAAAAUAAGGACCUAAUUGCGCUACAUGCUCGGUUAUUAUUUUUAAGAAGGCCUCGGAGCUCAUGCAUUAUCCUAUAUAUAAUUAUGUUGUCCUCUGGCACGUUUUCACAAUAUGAAUGUUCGGUUUUGUUAGGUAUCGUUAGUGUGAGGAUUAUAGAGAAGUAAAAAACGAGCUAUCCGUGCUUUUCUCAGUUAAUGCCUUGUGUUUUUUUUACAGGAAAAGAUGUAGAAGAUCUCCACCAAAUUGGUACCCAUCACUUUUUAAAUCGAGAACUGUUGUAUAGGUUACAACAAGGUAAAGAGAAUUACAUCUCAUCACACCGAUUCUUAAACUAAUGAUUUAAUAAUAAUACAUUCUGGUCCAAAAAAAAAUGAAAACAAACGCUAAAAAGAGGGACAUUAGAUGCAAGGUGUUUUUUUAGAACUGCUCAUUUUGCUGCAUCAUGAAUAUCUUAUAAUCAUAGCUGAUUCAAGUUUAGAUGUGAAAAGUCUUUAAUAUUUUCUGUCAGUUCAAAAGGAAGCUGGUUACAGGGGGGAAAUUUUCAGAAACAAACCUUUUCUCAAUCGUUGCAGUCAUCUGUUUGUUGUUGUAGUGUUAUGGUGUUGGAUGAUCAAGCCCCAAUAUUAACCAACAUCAAUUUUCUCGUAACAAUAUUGAUACGUUGUUAAGAGAAAAGGUUAUAAGAACAAAUAAAAUAUCACUAAAGGGAAAAUGCUUUGAUCUUUUACCAAAUUCUCUCGACUAAUUUUUUAAGGAAAUGUAUGAAGAUCAGUCUGGAGAAUUUGUAUGUUAAUAAUUUCUCUUUGUGACAUUACAGAUCCAUAUACACCUCUGCACCCUGGCAGACACUCUCCUCAUGAGGUGUCAGCUGUUAUGGCGGAUGUUCUGCACAAUCACCGUCUCAUGAAACCAACUCUUUUUGAGCCCUUUCUUCAGUUUAUGAGUGGUGUACUGACUAGUGCUCUCCGUAAGUAGUCCAACUUCUGCUGCUGUGCCGCUUUUAUUGAUAUUUAGCCAAAAGCGUAAGAACAAGUAGCUUCCACCAAUACAAACGAUAAAUAAAAUGCAAGAAAAUCUCAGCUAGUUGGGUAGCAGACUGGCCAGAUCAACUCUCUUAUUUUUCCCUUGUACUGAAAAAUACGGCCAAAUUUGAGAGUCGAUGAAUUGGUUUCCUGAUGCAUACCAGUAUCUUGAUUUCACUGACAAAGCAAGGGCAAUGCUAGCAUACUUUUUGUUCGUUAAAUACUGCCCUUCUAUUUAUUUAUUUAUUUAUUUUGAAAUGAUUAAUAUUGACACUGUUCUCGGAUAUUAGAUAUAGAUGAAAGACAACAACGAGAAGAGUAACCACUCCUAGUGUUUAUCUUCCAUUGAUUGUGUGAAUGGGUAGGGAGAAGAGGGUACCUGGUAUAGGACCUUAGAGUCCCGUUUGUGCCCAUCCCCAUGGGUCAAUUCUGUGCCCAUGAAGCUACAAAACACAACAUUAUCGAUAGUAUUGUGGGCGAACAAGCACUUCACUUCCUAUGUAUAUAUUUUUUAUAUACUUAGAAAACCAAAGCAGCACUCGAGAGAAAAUCGCCCAACUACAACACAUUCAGUUUCUUAUAGAACAACAGCCUGUUCAAAGGCGAGAGCUUAUCACAAAACUCACUCGACAUCUUGUCAGGUAAGACCUCUCUUCUCUUUUAUUCUCUCUUUUUGUUCGUUUUCUUCGCAUCACGGGUUGAUGCUCUGCUCGAACUUAGCGGCUACAAAAUGACUGUGUGGGACAAAUUAGGUGGGUCAAUCUUUUGAUCCAUUUCUGCUGGACUCGAUUCUCGCGGAAAUCGAAUUUUUUUUAGAGAUAUUUUGGCCAACAACCAAAAACAAAAAGUUGUUACUCUGGCCAGUGCCCAGGAGUAUUGUAGAAGAUUUCAGAGGAUCGGGUGUAAGGCUUUCGAAGCCCGCGAAGCUUGUGUGGUUUACCCUUCCAAUGACCGUUUGCGUUGACCAGUGACUUUCCCAUGCUUCGUUAUUAAAGCAUGUAGGCGCGUGAGUACGAAUCAGACAUUGUAUACAAAUGUGCAGGUGAACGAAUCAAAAAUUGAAGUGAAUAUAUGAUGUGGGUGCAAAGCGCGGGAAAAAGUGUGUUAUUGCAUGCGACCCGUGUGAGCUAUAAUUAGUUCCUGUUUUGCACCUGACCCCAUUAUUCUUCACCUCGUUGCAUCCUGUAGCAAUGCAACACUCAAGCAAUUCUCAAAUUCAUUUCGUAUUAAAACUGCUUUAACCCUUUAAACCCUUAGAUCAAAAUUUGAAUUCUCAUUUGUUGCCCCUAUUCAUUUCCUACAGAAGUAGUGGGGAGAAGUUGAUAAAAUAUCAAGCAAAGUCAUCUUGUGUGAUCUUGUCCGUAAUUCUCAUGAUCACUCUGUUUUACAAAGCAUUGAUAUUACAAGAAGAAAUUUGAUGCUGAUCACUCCUAAGGCUUAAAGGGUUUAAGCAAGGUGUGCAUUACUUGAGAAAACACUGCAUGUAAGGAGGUAUCCCUGCGUGGAAAGUUACCCUGUCCUUCGUAUAUAUCUUCAGAUUAGCAAAUUCAUCAUGAAAAACGUCACGAGUAACAUAGCCUUGAUUGCGUUUUUUUUGUUUGCAAUUUAUAGUAUCUCUGAAAGACUCAAUGUACCGCCCAAGAACCUGGCAUUUGCUACUGAUCAAAACCAGGUGUGUUUAUCGUAACUCUUAGAAUGGUCACACCAUAGGAUUUCAUCCACAGACGCAAAAGAACCACCUUGUAGAGUAUUAUAAACUGUACUACAGGAAAAUACUGCUCAGUAGCUUUCAUUUGAAUGGUCACACCAUAGGAUUUCCUUCACAGAUGCAAAAGUUAGAAUCGCCUCGUGACCCAUAAAAGUGGAAAGUACUGAUAGUGCUCAGUAACUUCCACUUGAGUGGACGCACUUAAGAAUUUUUUCCUCACAAUCAAUGCCCGUGUAUGGGUUGUCCUGCUCUCGCGAAAGUUCAAAUUAAACACUCGAGUGUGUGAGUUGACUGGAGAUAACUGAAUGAUUAUUCAGAUCUUUGAAAGUCUUUGUUUUACUUUUUCUUUUCAGCCAUUCGCGUUGGAACUCUCCAUGUUGCUGAUGUAUCUAAAUAAAUAUCACGGGUGGCUCUUCAGAGUGAGAAUCAUUUAAUCAAUUUUAAAUUUAAAAUCUGAAUAAAACAUAAGCUGAUUAAUUACGUGUUUUUGUCGCGCGCCCGGUUUCUCGCAUCCCUCUCGCUCCACGCAAGCGAUAUGUAGCUGUGGUACAAUCCUGCUGUGAAAGCUUGUUUUGGUUGAUCCUUGUUUCUAAAUCAAAGCGCACUUUCGUCGUAUGCAUUUAAUCUUCUUUCAUGCGAUACUGACAAAUUGAGUGCUGUGGUUCUUAAAGUUGCCCCCAGUUCCUCCUUUCCUGGAGAGCGGUUGAAUGUAAAUUUUGAAGCCCUUUAUACUGGUAGAUGUUAAUAGCGAUUUUAAUUCAGUUCUAACAUCCCGAGCACGUGGCUGAAUCACUCUUUCUCUCCGUUAAGUCGAAGGAGUACAGCUAGGUUUGACCAGGAUCCGAAAGUGAACGGCUGAGAAUGAGUUGAUUGUGGGUUUGAUAUUCAUCAAUAACAUUUCUUCCUUUUAGAGUCAAAAAGUUCCUCCUGGCUGGCCAAACACCAUUAAUGACCUCGGUUUUAACUCAACAAGCCUCGUUGUGAAUAUCAGUCACGUGGUACAGGCCGUGGAAGAGCCAAUGGAUACAAGUGAGAGCAGUGAGAGUAAGAAAGCAAGAGAAUUCUUAAGAUAUUUAAACAAAUUCUCCUUACUACUUCUAUAAGAAGGAGAAUUUGUAUUUUAAUAUGGUCCAACUGAUGGAAUUGUUAUACUGGAAAAACCAAAUAUCUAUGAGUGUCACAAUGUUUGUAAAUUUGAUGUUUCGGAUGUAUAAACCUUUUCAAUGUUAAACAAAACUGUCACUUAACUGAAAAAGGAUCACAAAUCCAAAUCAUCUUUUUUUACAAAUAUUUAUGGCCUCGGUUAUCUGUGCACUCACACUUACAGGCACUGCUUCCACCAGCACUAUCUCACAAACUGCAGAAUCUGCGCGGAAAAGUGUCAAUGUUUCCCUCGAGAAGCAGUCCUUGGGUUUCGUGGAAGGUGACCAUUUUAGUGUAGAAAAUACUGCAGCUUUUCAAGGCCUGGUGCGUCAGUUUAUCAGUUUAACCAAUGCUUCUAAGGGUGAGUUUAUACUGUUAUUUCACUUAUUUUUUUGCUUUUCUCAAUACUCCUUUUAUGAAAAAUUGGCCCUUCACUUGCUCAAAGUCACGUGACCUUAAUGCAAAACUUGUGGGAUACAACUUAAACAACACAGAGAUGGGAGGGAAGCCAGAGUAGCGCAGAGAGAACACUGGCUUUCCACCAAUGUGGCCCGGGUUCAAAUCCUGACGUUGAUGCCAUAUGUGGAUUGAGUUUGUUGUUGUUUCUCUCCUUUGCUCCGAGAGAUUUUUCUCCGGUUACUCCGGUUUUCCUCUUUCCUUAAAAACCAACACUUCCAAAUUCCAAUUCGAUCUGGAACGAACGGACACGUUUCAAUGAGUUCUCAUGAAUUCCUGAGUGCUCCGUGAGUAAACUAAUUACACUUACAAUUUACAAUUAGAUGGAAAGAACAUGAAAAAUAUUACUAGAAAACGAGUUUUAGGGAGAUUGACACAAAACGAAGGUUCUCUGGGAUUUGGAUGUUCUGUAAUAUGGAAAAACUUGUUGGAACGCAAGGCUUGCGGUUCAGCAAGUUUGAUAUGAAAGUGAUUUGUUAUUUUUAUGCCAAGAAACAAGAAAGGAUUGGCACUUAGCCUCGUUUUGAUAGUGAGAGUUUUUGGAACUGGGAAAUGGUCUCUUUAGUCUGACAUUGACCGUUGGCUGAUUGUUAUUUGUUCAACAGUCAAGACUUUUCUCCCUUGUGGAUGAUAUAUAUAUUUUUUCACGACCUUUAUGUGUGAUUGAGCAGUGUCACUAUAGAGCGUUUUCACUCACGUUACCAGCAUCUAUGCAAAUUUAUUGGAUAAAAGAGAAGAGUUUAUCUUCCACUGGAUUGGUUUGAGACACCAACAUGGCCGUAGCCUUUUCCAGGCGUUCAGGAGAUGGUGGGAAGCGGUGCGAAGUGAAGUAGAGGGAGGACUUGGAAGGGCGGUGCGGGUUCCCUCACUCUCUUCUCCCCCCCACCCCCUCCCUCGUUUUCAUUUUUUCGCGCUCCUCUUUGCUUUUGAUCGCUCCUGUCAAUCUGAACGCCUGGAACAGGAUAACAUGGCCGCGGUUUCAUUGUUUUGGCACACCAAUAUGGAAGAUGAGACGCCACACGAAAACCCUCUAUGAGGCCUCUCUUAGGGAUUGAACGUAGCCUCCCACGCAGGAAGGAAAUACCACUCCCCUAAAAACGCCGGCGUGGGAGGUGAGAUCGUACGGGGUAACCUCCAUUUUCUUCACUAGGUAUCGCAAUUAACCUGCUGAGAGCCUGUAGAGGAAAUCUUGAGGUGGCAAUUGAUAUGCACUUCAGCAAAGAAGAAGUUCUUCCCGAGUUGGAAGUGGCUGUAGGCGAUGUUGCUAUGGAAACAAGCUGGUGUGGAACAGACGCUGAGGGUUCUUCAUCCCUGGGGACCCCCCAUAAGUCAGAAGCCUCAAGCGCAUGCGCGGUAGAAGGAAUUAAUCAGAGUAUUUUGAGCCUGUUGGUGAAGCUGAUGUCAAUUAUGACCAGUGCUACGUCAUCCCCUGGGAGGUUGGUAAUUUGUGUAAUCAUGCUUUCGACUAUUGAUAUGAUUAUGCUAAUUCGUUCUUGACCUCUGAAAGCGAUAUUUCGAUGGACUAAGGGGCUGUUCACACUUGAUGCCCAAGCACUAGUGCCUGGUUACCGUCACAAAAUGGUGUUUUACACCUUGAUUACCCGUUAUGUAAAUAUGUAGAUAUUUGCUCCAUUUCGCUCUGUUAGACGCCAUUUUGAAGCGUGUAGUGGAUUCCCUCAGCAGUUGCUGUCAUUUUAUCGAAUAUCGCAGUCGUCUUCCAAAUUUGGUCAACACUAGCUUGUUAUGAAGAAUUAGCCAGGGGAUUUGAGCCGAUCAAAAACAGAAUGAAUAGUGAUAUAAUUUGCUCUGAUGUGACCAUGUGAUCUUCGCACAUGUUUUAACCGUUUCUUGUCACGCAACCGAACGUAAGUCACGUGAGGUUAUCUAAGGGUGCGUUGCUUUAGGUGGGGUGUUCUGGAGUAGGAUUUAUGAUCCAGGUUUGCUGGGGUUAUGGAGCAUCCAAGUUACCAAUAGAACCUUGUCUAGAUGGGAUUUAACGGUUCCUAUGAUGUACCUUGAUCUCGAGUGACUUUAGUUCACGAAUCCUGAUACCAACCACUCCAGAAGGACACACAGUAGUUUCAUCAGCGACUUUUUAUUCCUACAAUACAAGACUUAGUGACAAAAUACAGUCAGCUCUCUCUCAACGGAGAGCUCUAUAAGACAAACACCUCGCCAAAAUUGACACCUAGAGUUGGUCCCUGCCUUUCUUUACUCUUUCACUUGACUUUCUCCAAGACGGACACAUGCAUAGUGCUGGUCCCAAAGUUGACCGUGUUAAGGAAAGUUGACUGAAUUAGAAAUUUGACAGCAGACACAAGAUAAGAACAGGGUUUUACCACUAAAGUUGCGACCCUUACCUUCAAUCUUGGAUAAAAUAGAUGGAAAAUUUGUACCCCCCCCUCCCCCAAAUCAAGGAUGGGAAAAUAGCGCGUUUUGACUUGUGCGCGGCUUCAUCCUUGAUUUGGAGGGGGGGUGGGGGGUUUGCUGUUCCAUUUUAUCAUGUCCAAGAUUGUUGAUGGCCUAUCUUUUCUUUGCAAAAAAGGAGCACAGCAUACGGUAAUGGAGUCCAGUACUUAUCAGACCUGCUAGAUAUGAUCCGUAACUCCAGCCUUGACAAUGCUGCUGCACUGAACAAGCUCCAGUCAGGGCCUGGAAAGAGUAGUGCCAGUCCUUGUUCACCUGAUGGGGAUACAGAAGACGCUGAGGCCAGAGCACGAAGGUAAAGAAUGUAUUUAACUGCGCAUAUUUCGUUCCAGUGGGGUUUCAUAUGCGGGUUAAGUCCUUCUCUCGUGAGCUGCAAGGGUCAAGGUCAUUGACAGCCUUAACACAGACUUAAUCCGACGUGUAUAAUAUUUUUCCUGAACUUAGUUGGCUACCUUGCCGGCCGUUGCAACGAACGUUAUUGCUGGGUCUUAAAAGUCUGUAAGUCAUUUUCAUUUUAGCCUUCUAAAUCUUAAAUAGUGGUUUGCAGCCAAACAAUAUAUUAUGAGCAAAAACGAAUCCGCUCCAGUGCCGUUUUGUCUUAAAAUUCACUCGCUCAUUAACUUCCAAUCUUUGAUUUAUGUUGAGUAAUUGCUUUCUCUUUUACAGGCGAAAACUUGCCAGAGAACGCCAACAAAAAGUUCUGGCUGAGUUUGCAUCCAAACAGAAAGUUUUCAUGGAGAAAACAAUGAGCAACGAUCCAGGUAUUUUAUGGUUAGCAUUAGAUAACAUCGGGUGAAGCCAGAUUGGACACCAUACGAAGUUUACACAACGCAUUAUUCUUUUAACGUAACGAUACUGGAGCAGAACCCCACUUAACCUUGCAGAAUUGCUGAAAAAAACAAAAGUGCAGAGCGCCAGCUAUGAAGAGAACCUAUGAGAGAGUUAGUCUCUGAUCUGCAGUAAUUAUAGUUAAACACUGAACUGAAAACGGUUAUCUUUCAAAUAUUGUAUUAGGAUACGGCGUAAGUAUAUAAGUAAUAACUGGAUUUGGCAGCUACUACUCGAUGGUGUAGUGGAUAUGGAAGUAGGUUAUGAAACAAAUACCUCAGGCUCAAAGCAUCCCAGUUCUGUUUAUCCACCUUAUUUUAUAUAACAGAGUAAAGUGACUUAAGUUGUUCUUUAUUUAAUUUUACUAAAAGAAACUAUUUUCAUCUGUGUUCUUUUGUUUCAACUUCGAGAAUUCUCGACCAGGGAAGAGGUGUCAGGUUUUAGGAACAAUAAUUUUAAAUCAAACCUAGUCUAACCAUAUGAGUUGACAAAAAAUACAAUUCGCAGCUCGAUCCAUAUGUUAGUUAUUACUGACAGCCGUCAUGAACCAAUCAUUACAUUGAUACAUUGGCUUAUAUUCCAAAAGAUCCCAGAACUCUUAGCGCAGAAAACUUGUAAUCAUUCUCCCUUUAUUUUGUUAUUACAUUAUUAUUAUUAUUAUUAUUAUUAUUAUUAUUAUUAUUAUUAUUAUUAUUCAUUUGCUAUAUUAAGAACUGUACACAGAUGCGUCAGAGGUUCUAGAUAUCCAUUCAAAUCACGUGAGGUCUCAGAAGACUUCACUUUCGCUGUAGCUGGUCUACAUCUGCACUCAUAAUUUUAGGCCUAGAUUUUUGAUAGUUUUUUUCUUAGUAAUGAUUAAUUUUCCUUUUCCCACUUUUAAAUUAUUCAUAAUUGUAAAUAGUUUUUCUAUCGCUGACAUAUAUUUAGUUUCUAAUUUGUAAACAAUACGAUAUAGUUUAAAAUUGUAAAUAAUUACUUAUUGUUCUGAUACUUAAAUAAAGAUUGGUUUAUUAUUUUUAUUAUUAUUAUUAUUAUUAUUAUUAUGGCAGUACAAACGUCUGGAUGUCCAGAGUAAAAACUAAAAGCUUUGGCUGGGCGGCAAACCGUAACCAGCCGCAGCAUCGACUAAAAUUUGUGGUAACAAUUACACAAUAAUUUGGCCAAAAAAAAGAACUGGGUAAAAAUGAUUUGAUAAAAGUGUCAUAAAAUAAAUAAAUCCUACAAGCUUUAUGGACGUCUUAAUUACAAAAUAAGGUUGUUCGUAAGUUAAAAACCAUCGUUCAUAUAUUAUUAUUGUUAUUAUUAUUAUUAUUAUUAUUAUUAUCAUUAAUCUUUUGUUACAGUUAGGUUAAGGUGUUGUCCUCUACAACUUUGCAGCUUAAUUUGCUUUUUUCAGACGUGCUUGACAAGUUAGACGGAGAUGGGGAGACUGUCUGCAGCUCAAGCGGUGAAUCAGGCCAAGAAAUCUUUGAUUGUGUUAUUUGUGGCCAAUCAUCUACAUCCACAGAGGGUAGCCCAGUAGGGUUAGUGGUUCUUCUACAGCCAAGCUCAGGUGAGGAAAAUACCACUGGCGAUUGUACAGUCAUUUAAAAUGAUCAAGUUCUAUACAGGGUUUGCAAGCGGUGUAGCACUUGUAAUGGAUAUGUCCCUUAUCCGUGAUACCGCUAUACGAUUUUCGCUUCUACGAUUUUUACACUGCUAUGGGAAUAGAAAGGAAUGCCAACUGAUUAAUGACUUUUCACCCCUCUAUUCCUAUAGUCUUGUUUUCUUGCUUUUUAAUGUACGAUUUCUUAAAGAUAAUCAAACGUAAAACAACCUCGCUCCCAGGGUUCUCACGAGGUGGCGUGUGGGAAUGCACACCUGAAGUUGCCCAAAGUACCUUUUGGCAACAACGACAGCAUUUCCUUUUCAUAUCGGGCGACUUCGGAGCGAGCCGAAGAUCGUCUACGUCGAGUGAGUGACUCAUUUGCAUAUCUCAACCCUACAGCGAUAACUCGUGAAAUAGACCUCUUUCAUAAUGGCGGCCUAUCAACAUAUUCUUUUAUAGCAUGAUAAUUAGCCUUUCUGACCUCGUUAACAUGUGCAAAAUACAAAAGAAUUCUUACUUUCAAACGAGGUCAGAAAGGCUAAUUAUCAUAUAUAUAAACGAUGAUUGCUCCUGAAGCCUGAACUCCUGUGAAGGUAUAGUCAGUGCUCUUCAAGCAAAUGAAUUGAGCGCUCUACGAAAUACAUCCUACCCAGAAUACAAGUAUUUAAAAGAAUAUAUCAAUAGGCCGCCUUUAUCAAACAGGUCUAUGCCCUUCGGGCAUUUACGAAUUAAGAAGGGAAGAUAAGGAGUGUGCGAAACCCAAUCAUUUCUCUGCAAAGCUGGCGGGAUAAGCGGGGAAGUGCUAUUGUUUUUCAGUGGCAGAGCCACGAGAAGUUUGGGAGUCCCUUGCGUCGGACAAGAAAGUACCCCGCACAUAUCAAUCGCGCCAGCAGCUACGCAGGUUAUAUGCAGUCUUAAAAAGGGUACUGAGCAAUAACUUAUUUAACAAUUGCGUGCCUGUUUUUUCUCAUGUAACAGUGUUGAAACACAGAGCAUUUCACGUGAGGCAUACCCAGCUGCCACUUAGCCGCGAAGAAGAAGAGGCUCGAGUCAUAAACUGCGGGACAACGUUCAGAAAAAGAUUUGAAGCACUGAGGAGACACUUUGACCUGGUAUGGAUCCAGAAUUGGUAUUUUGCAUCAUAAUUCAUCAUAAUCGAUUAUAAUGAGUCACAAUGACUUAUAUGAUUCAUAAUGAUUAUGAUAAUUCACGAUGAUGCAAAGUAAACCCCCGCAACUAAGAACCUGGAUUUUAAGAACCUGUUAGGCUAAAAUUUGCCUGUUAAGCCCUUGUUUACCCUAAAAUUUGAAACAGGUUCUGAACACUUGGGCAAAUAAGAUGUCCACAGUCAGAAUCCUCUUUGGAGACAUAGAUACCUUGCCAUUCCAACUGCAAUAUAUAUGUCAAUGAGGUCAAUGCUUUAGUUCUUUUUUUUUAAUGGUAAUUAUACAUAACAUCCAGUUUGGUAUGCAGAUUUUAUAUUAGGAAUAUGCUGAACCACUAAAUGCUCUUAUUGUUUUUCUUUCUUCAGAAAAUAAGAACCUUCGUAAGAAGCUGAAUAGCCUAAGCUUGUGCUAACUACCAUUUAUAUGAGACCUCUUUAAGCUAACUUGGAAUACUCCAGGUUCUUAGUCACGGGGUAUUACUGUAUAUGAUUUGAAAGGAUUAUCAUAGUUCACGAUUAUAUAUUUGAUUUACAACGAUUUGAUAAUUCACGAUUAUUAAUGUGAUUUAUUUAUGAACAAGUUAUGUAAUUUAACAGCUUCCCAGCCUAGAUGCGUCUGCGUUUGGCACAGAAGGAGGGAUACAUAUGCAGUCAUGCGGUCAUCUGCUUCAUGUAGACUGCCAUCAAUCGUACUUGAAAUCUCUCCAGGUAUUUAGUAGUCUUUUUUCAUUCCUUUUUGCAAACUGGAAAAGUAGUGGAAGAGUUAUUAAAGUUCAAAUAUAAAUACUAACAUUGGAAUAAAACUAACAAAUUUAUCAACUCUAAGGUGUCCUGAUCUAUGAACUGUUGUUUUCCUAUCUGUCAUGCAGUAGGAAAGGAAUGCCUCUGUUAUAUUGUUAAAACAGUGCUACUUUAUUAGCACUAGGAUUUAAUAAAACGAAAAACUUUAAUUAAAAAUUGCAAAGGUAGCACUAUAAUGUUAUUCAAUGAAAAAGAAAGAUGCCAGUGGUAGCACACCUGGCAUCAUAAUUUAUCAGAAUGCAAAACCCAACUGUUGAAAUUUUAAUAGCAACAAAAAUUUAAUAUUAUCGUGAUCGUAAUCGCCAUCAUCAUCAUCAUCAUCAUCACUUUGCUGAUCAACAUCAUCGUCGCCAUCAUUGGUAUCACCGUACUCACCGCCAUCGCGGCCGUGAUUACCACUGUUAUCAUCGUCAUCAAUAUCACUAUUAUCACCAUUAUUAUCAUUACCACCACCACCUCCAAAAUUAUUGUCAUCAUAAUCAUCACCAUGGUCUUCAACAUCAUCGUCGCCAUCAUUGGUAUCACCGUAAUCACCGCCAUCGCGGCCUUGAUUACCAUUGUUAUCAUCGUCAUCAAUAUCACUAUUAUCACCAUUAUUAUCAUUACCACCACCACCUCCAAAAUUAUUGUCAUCAUAAUCAUCACCAUGGUCUUCAACAUCCUCGUCGCCAUCAUUGGUAUCACCGUACUCACCGCCAUCGCGGCCGUGAUUACCAUUGUUAUCAUCGUCAUCAAUAUCACUAUUAUCACCAUUAUCAUCAUUACCACCACCACCUCCAAAAUUAUUGUCAUCAUAAUCAUCACCAUGGUCUUCAACAUCCUCGUCGCCAUCAUUGGUAUCACCGUAAUCACCGCCAUCGCGGCCGUGAUUACCAUUGUUAUCAUCGUCAUCAUCAUCACUAUUAUCAUUAUUGUCAUCAUUUUCACCACCACCUCCAAAAUUAUUGUCAUCAUAAUCAUCACCAUGGUCUUCAACAUCCUCGUCGCCAUCAUUGGUAUCACCGUACUCACCGCCAUCGCGGCCGUGAUUACCAUUGUUAUCAUCGUCAUCAAUAUCACUAUUAUCACCAUUAUUAUCAUUACCACCACCACCUCCAAAAUUAUUGUCAUCAUAAUCAUCACCAUGGUCUUCAACAUCCUCGUCGCCAUCAUUGGUAUCACCGUAAUCACCGCCAUCGCGGCCUUGAUUACCAUUGUUAUCGUCGUGAUCAAUAUCACUAUUAUCAUUAUUGUCAUCAUUUUCACCACUACCUCCAAAAUUAUUGUCAUCAUAAUCAUCACCAUGGUCUUCAACAUCAUCGUCGCCAUCAUUGGUAUCACCGUAAUCACCGCCAUCGCGGCCUUGAUUACCAUUGUUAUCAUCGUCAUCAAUAUCACUAUUAUCACCAUUAUUAUCAUUACCACCACCACCUCCAAAAUUAUUGUCAUCAUAAUCAUCACCAUGGUCUUCAACAUCAUCGUCACCAUCAUUGGUAUCACCGUAAUCACCGCCAUCGCGGCCGUGAUUACCAUUGUUAUCAUCGUCAUCAACAUCGCUAUUAUCAUUAUUGUCAUCAUUACCACCACCACCUCAAUAUGCAACACAAUAUGUUCAUGUUUUAGUAACAACUUUUUUGUGAUGUUAUCCAGGAUGAAGAUGCCAAUCAACUUCAUCACCUACAUCAAAUGCAGCCUUUCAACCCAAGGAAUGGAGAGUUCACAUGUCCUUUGUGUCGGCAACUCGGAAACUGCGUUCUGCCUAUUGUACCUACAAAUAUUAUUCCUACGAAAACGCCACUAAAGGUAACCUGGGAUUGAUUUAAUAGAAUUUUACAAAUGUAGCCAUUGUUUCAGAGUAUGACAACAAUAGCUACACUUGUUUAUUAAACUGAGCCCCGAAUGGAAUAAUUAUUACAAGGAAAUAUUAUUCAAUCAUACGAAACUGAAGGGUUAGGUAACAUACUAGUAAUAACCAAUGGUUACCGAGUGCGGGCGACAACGAUCGAAGCAAAUCGUUCUUGCUCCUUCGCUGUGCUUUGCGUAAGUUUCACGUGACAGAUUGUCAAAACGCGCGUGAUCAGAUUACCAGUGAUAGAAGGUCCAAACGCGCGUGAUCAAAUUGUGUUCUGUGCAUUCCAUUCAUUUUAGUGGAAGUUCAAACGAAUGCUGGCUACAUACAUGCGACGCAUGCGUAAUAACAACCUCGAGAUUAGGAUUGCGGGCUCCUCUUGUCGCCCGCAAUAAGAGAACUUUUUUAUGACCUUAAAAACAUGUUUUCCUCCGACAUUUUACAGUAUUUGUAUUUGUCCCCUAUUAUUUAUUAGGCUCAAACUAGCCUUGCGCGUUUCCCUACUAAAACUUCCCCAAACGUAAUAAUUAUCUUCUUUGUGUCAUCCUAGUGUACUCUCGGCUCAACUGAAGUCUUAGUUGUUAAAUUUCAAACAUUUCCAAGAGAUCCUACAAUGUUCAAGGGUAUCACUACUCUCACCCUUAAGCUCUCUUUGCUUUUAGAAUAAAGAACAAAGCCACAAGGAACAGACAAACGACCUUCAUGCAGUCUUGAGAAAAUUCAAGCUCCGUGUAUGUAUUCACAGUAGUUAAAAGUGAUUUGGCGAUUGCUUUCAUUUCUUUUAACUGCAACUUGUGCGAGGUUAAGUAUAUUGCGCCUCUUAGUUAAACGGCCAGGAAUAAAUCAACUGGUAAGACCUAUUGCUUGCAUAACAGGUGCCAUUCAGCCGCGCGCGAAGGACAAGAGACAAGCGCGGAUCGAGAGACGUAGAAAGUAUUCACUCGUUCGGCACGGGCUUCUCUCUGAGUUUUAAAUAGCACCACAGGAAAGUAUUGCUCCGCAGCUUUCAUUUGAAUGGUCAGUUCGUAUGAUCGUGUGCACAGCCUUGUUAGAACGACAUUUGUAUUAUUGACUGAGUGUUAACCCUUUAAGCCAUAAGAGUGGUCAGCACCAAAUUUCUCCUUGUAAUAUCAGUGCUUUGUAAAACAGAGUGGUCAUAAGAAUUACGGACAUGUUCACACAAGAUGAAUUUGCUUGAUAUUUUAUCAACUUCUCCGCACUACUUCUUUAGGAAAUGAAUAGGGGUGACAAAUGAGAAUUCAAAUUUUGAUCUUAGGGUUUAAAGGGUUAAUACAACAGACAAAAGUACUAUCUGCUAUGUUAUCUUUGUAGAACGUCACUAAACUAACAGCAAGUGCCCUUAACUUCACUGUGCUUGGUGCAGCAAUUAAAGCUGUUGUAGAAACAGUGUCUGCUUUGGACGGGGAAAGUCACAGGAGUUCCACUGAAAAGAAAUUUAGCCUGCUUUGUAAGAUGGCAAGGUAUGUUAUAUUUUUAUAUUUAUGGCCCGGGUACACUCGGAAUGCGGAAAAUGUGUGAUUAACUGGCUAAAGCAUUAAUGGCAAGCGUCGGUUAGUUUUCUGCGCGCGCGUCGUCGAGUAUUUCUCCUUUCGCCUUAAGAAACCGGUGCCUGCUACUCAGGCUUCUAAUGUCUUUACCCUUUUUCCACAAUUCACAAAUACAGUGCUUGUUUUUGUGUGUAGGACAAAUUUAGAAUUGGAACAAGUAGAUAAAGCCGCCAGGAAGCUCUCAACUCCAAGAAAGUCUUGUUUUGGUGAGUGCCUUCGCUAACCAUUAAUUAUUAUGUGGGUAAACCUCAAGAAAAGCUAUGAGAUUGCUUAAACGUGAUUUUUUAUUUUUUAUGAAGUUGAAUUUUAGCAAUUAUUAUUAUUAGAAACACCAGACCGUGGACACCCUUCUUCUUCUUCUUCUUUUGUGAUGUUUCCUUGUCAUGCCUUGUGUUCUGUUGUUAGCCGUCGACAUCAAAAGUACACUAAGCUCCUAAAAACUACUAAAACAUGCAGUCAUAAUAAAUGUAAGGUGAAAAUUGAUGUCUAGGUAAUUAUACUGUAAUUUCAAGGAAUCGUUCACAAUCAAAGGCAAUAUGAAGCAAAGAGAAAAGGGUUAGGGGUUAGGGUUAGGGUUAGGACCUUGCGAAUCUAUGACACCAAGGAAACAUCAACGAAGACGUCAGUAUGAAAUGUAAAAACACAUUUCUCAAACUACAGCAAAAAUAACUCGCUCCGGAAAAGCUCUACAUAUUUCGCAUUAAUCUUCCCUGCAUUGCCCUCGUCACCCCAAGAUACUUAUCCCCAGUUUCCACGGUCUACGCUAGGAACGCCGGGGACCAUGUUUGGGGCCCACCGACGAAAAAAAAGAAACGCUUGCAUUUUCUGAGUCUCGUCGCCAAAGCAAGCGAGACUAAUAAAACAACCCUUCUUUGUUAACAGCUUGUAUGUCGCUAAAAAGCAACGCUUACACGAUGGUUAUGUGUACUAAUGUUUCAGGUCCAUUGGUUCGUGCGUUCCAGUUUCACUCCCAGACACUGGUGGGUCCUUUACUAUCCGUGUGGUCCGACCUGACUGGGACUGAUGACUUCCGGGAAUCCUCGACCAGGUAUGCUACCUUCUCAGAUGGGUCGUCUAUCUCUCUUGGACAAAACGAAAAGGCAAACGAAAAUACUAGCCAUAUCUUUAUGUCGCCCCAUGUAAGGUAAUCUGGAUUCCGCAAUCCGGGAGAUCUUUGCUUGUGGAAUCCAAAAUCACAGGAAGUAUUUGCUUGUGGAAUCCGCAAUCCGGAAUCCUCGGCUUUAAAAUCCGUAAUCCAGCUCAAGAAAUCCAAAAUCCCGCUAACGACUGGAAUCCAGAAUACAAUUUCUGCUGACAAGGAAUCUGGAAUUCAGUACUCGGAAUCCGGAAUCGACAGUGUGGAAUCCAGAAUUCAAGACUGUAUUGGAUUACCUGACAUGGUGCAAGUUAUGACAUAGCCCACGGUUUAAAGCAUAUCAUUAGUAACUUUAAUCAGUUCCUGUUUUGUUUUUAGUUCGUCUCGUAAAACUGGAGACUGUCCGAUUUUGCUACGAGACGCUACGUCGCUGUUAAUUCAGAUGAUGUUGUCGUGGCCUACAGCGCUUUCAGCGCGUAAGUAAAUCAUUAUCGUUUUUAUUAACGCGUAUUUUCUUCGUAGAAUAACUCGUUGCGAACAAGAGUAGUGCUGUACGAUACGAAACACGGCUUAGUGAACAGAGAUCCAAACCGUGGCCGUGAAGAACAGGAUAUAUUAUUGUUAAUUCUUGGACAAAUCGUCUCUUUAAGAUUAAGGACACUUCGCAAUACAAAUUUGUUAGCGUCAAGGCAUAUUAAAAGAGAAAAAACGCUCACUUCCGGUUGACGUACGUCGCCCAAGAACGUCGCUACUUAAGCUCCCUAUUGUAUUUUAUGACAAGAAAUCUGCUUCAUGGCUUAUUUUGUUUUUGUUUUUGUUUGUUUUUUUUAAUGAAACUACCUAUAUUGCUCUAAGGCUUCCUCACAUAGGCUUCCUGACAAUGUAACCGAAAUAGCUGUAAAAGCUGCCCAGACGUCACUCUCUUGAUGUAAAUUUGCGCGCAACGGAAGACGGGAAAGAUUAAACAGGCGAGACGCUUCGCCUUCCCGUGGUCCCUUGCGCUUCAUUACCAGUCACUCGCGUUUCGCGCUCGCCUUUGUCCUCGACCAACGUGCGAAAAACGAAGCGUCUGAGGAGAAGGCAGGCUUUAAAGGAUUGUUUGCUGGUAGUGUUGUUCACAUUUGGUACGCUGGUAUAGAUACCGAACAUCCUACGUUCUAUUGCUUUGCGGUCGUGUUGUUUACUUGGCCUCUCUUAACAACAACUUACCAACUUUAUUUGUUGUUGAACUGUAGGUGACUUCAAAUGCCUUGUGCAGCUUGUUUUCAACUUAAUGUUCACCCAGGUAAGAACUCAUUUCACUUUCAACACGCCUCGUUUGAUUAUACAUACAUGUUCUGAAGAUUGCUCGAGAUUUACCAAGUAUUUUCUUGUCCUCAGUUGAAAAAUUUUUCAUUUUUUUGGCGGAGUUAGAAAUCCGCGGCCUAUCAGCAGGGAAAGGCCCUAUAAACAGGGAGAGAAAUUUAGGCUGUGAUCACACCAGACCAGAUAGCUUUUUGUGCCGACACGAAAAGUUCUCCUGUAUCGUAUGAACACCUAUCUGAUAUGUGACUCUUCACUUUAAGAGAUCCGCGCGGUGCAGCUUCGCUCGUUACAGAAAUCGCGCUGAAAUCAGCGUUCUUAUUUGUGAACAGAAGCCUUAUCCGCUAUGGUUUUUAUGCCGGCGCAAAAGCAAUCCGGUUUUGUGUAAACAUAGCCUCAGACUGUCAGACGGAAGACAGAAUACCCCCCAACAUUUGGAAAAUAGACCAGUUAUACCAGAUGGUUGGCGUCACCAAGCAUGCCACGCGUAUCGUAUCGUAUUUUUUUAACAAAUCCAUUGUGUGCCUUUAUUUAGACUCUUGUUGACACCUGUUGCAAGUUUGUUGGCGACGAAAAGCUUUCCUGGCAAGAUUUGGGAAAGAAGGCAGCCUCGCAGGCAAGUGUAUUUGUCGGUCGUAACGUACAUAACAUGGUUUUCAUUAAUGCAAUUUGGUGAUGUAAUUUCCUCUUUUACAUUCACACAUAUGUAACAAUGCAGUACAUAGGUAAGCAUUUGCCUAUUCCCUAGGCCUCAUUAUUCCGCGCGGCCGAUGCGUUUCGGGUCACGUGGUCCGAGCGAGUUUUUGACAUCUCGGAUACGUCACCGAUAUGCAUUGACCGAGAAAGCCUGGGAGGACGCCGUACAGGUACUAGGUAAGGUAAUCUUUAGGUUCUACCCACCAGCCUAAAUCCCCUGAGAGACCUCGUGAGCUUUUGUUUUUGUGACAAACGCAGAUUUUGCCGUAUCUUCUUUUCAUCUCGCUGAGGUUGCCCUAUAAUGAAAUGCACUAUUCCUGGUUGCUUUUUUAAUGACGUACGAACAUGAGUGGGUGUUUAAAUGAAUCAUGAGCCGAGUUCAAGGCUCACUGUUUACCUUGAGUUUUUUCCUUCUUUUCUUGUUUCUUUAAGGUGAAAAUAAGUCUUACUUAACUUUCAGUUUAAAGUGGUGUUCUUAGUAUCCUGGCCUUGAGUGGAAGCGGAGAUGGAGGUGAAGUUGUUUUUAGAAACCUCGCUGCUUUUCAAAUGUAUAUCAUGCUCUUAUGGAUUGAAAAACAAGUUAGGUUUCUAUCAAAACAAAGCCACCACCAGCCUUGCUAACACUCAAAAGGCUGGGUCGCUCAGUAUGCAACCGUAGUCGGUGGCAGAAGAAGGGUUGUCUCAUCACUCAACGCGUCUAGGAAAUGUUUAUUUGAUUACCGUUGUUUUGAUGUUUUUCCUGUUCAUUGUGGUAGGACAAGUCUCAGAGUUCGUUACCCGCUGAGUUGUUGCUUGGUUACGUUUGCCGCAUGCUCAGUAACAGCAGCCUGUUUAAGGAAGAUCAUCACACUGCAGGGGUGAGUAAAUCCAAUCAGUGCACUUAGCGUUAAUAUUGACACCUGUAUUCUCCACACUACUCUCGAUGCGACUUAUAUAGAGGUAAUAAUGAAAAUUUAUCUUAAUAAUCGAGAGUUUGUCCUGGCACCGUUUGACUCCUCCAUUCUGUUGUUGAUCUCUGUUCCGCAGAUUUCUCAAACAGUAUGGUCUCCACAUACAGUAGAGCGAACCUUGCAGGAUUCUUGCCUGCCAUUCCUGCGCUCCGCUUGUACUAUGGCGCGUCUUGUCUACAAUAUUAAUCUACCAGAAGUAGAGGUAAGACCAAGUCCGAUCGUGGGAGUUAAAACUAAUGCAGGGAGAGAGAGCUUUAUGACAUCAGUGAGUUCGCCACUUGAGAAACGAAAAGGGAACUAGAGCCGAAAUGCGUCCUGCAGUUAUUUCCGGGGUCGUUACUGGGCAUGCGCCGGUCAGCUAUUGGCCAACUCUUUUUCUUGUCCCUACUAACAAUCCCAGAAGUCUUUGCAAAAGUUAACUCGGCCCAGUUUCCUUGUCUAUUCUAAAGUUGAGAAUAGGCUGGAGCGGGUGCAGCGAGGAGAAUGGGGCGCAGCUUUUUUUCUCCUCUUACCAAACAAACCGUAAGCUACGCAGGCUACACGAGAAUCUUUGGGUAAAUUUGCGUCCCAACCGAUCCGCUUAGGACUAACUUCACUUAAGGUACGGGAAAACGUGCAACAGAAAACGUGCAACUGGUCUUGCAAUAUUGCUGUAAAACGAGUUGAAUAGCGAUGUUGCGCGUUUUACCACCCACAUCAAACCUGUCUUGCAACAAAUCAGGUUGUUAACAGGUUUGAACGUGGGUAGUAAAACGCGGAACAUCACUAUUCAACUCGUUUUGCUGCAAUGUUGCAAGACAAGUUGCCCGUUUAUUUUUGUUUCCGUUUUUCCGUACCUUAAGCGAGUUCGAGUUGAUGCUUCGGGGAAUUUUAUUUAAAUAAAAAUAGGUUCUUAAUCGUAGUUCCAAGUUACUUUUACCCCCAAAACACCAAUCCGUUAUGUCCUUACUGUUUUGUUCCGUUUGAUUCAAUGUGGCGCACGCACACCAGAGCAUGUUUUGUUACCGGGUGGCUUUUCUUUUUAAGGGGACUGAUGCCGAGUUUCGAGUUCUGGCCUCUACUCUUGGUUUGUGCGCACUGCAAGAUUCAUCUAGUAAUAGUGCCGAGUCCUUUUCAUGCGUCAACUGUCUGCAGUGGCCUCGGUCCAAGCCGCUGGUAAUUCUUCGACAAUGGUGUGAAGGUCUGCUGCUGUCGGUGAUGGAACGCAAGAUGACUUUAACCAGGGUGAAUAACAUGAUCGUAAUGUAAUAGCCUGAGAAAACAGCCCACGUUUCCAUACUGAUAACGCGUUACUACCCAGAUCUGGGUAGUGCUCCUGAUUGGUUGAAACAAAUUUCCCUCGCGGUACGACAAAUCAGAAGCACCACCCAGAUUUGGGUAGUGAAACGUCAUCAGUAUGGAAUUUCUGCUCUCGUUCUUCAGACGUCAUUUCGCGGGAAAAACAGUAGAGGCGUCGCGAAAUGUCUGGUGUUUUCUCAGGCUAUAGUGGUAACUUAACUUAUUGUGUUUGCGGCAAGAAGGAAAGGUCAAGAUCAACUCUAACGUUAACCGAGUUCUGGAAUUCCCUAUCUCUGAUAUUGCCACUUGCAAAUCAUCUCUCAAAAAAAUACCUCAUCGCUCAGUGAGCUGAAUAUUUAAAAAUGUCACACUUCUUAUCCAUGCCUGAACUUAAAACGUGUGAUUGAUGAGGAGUUCUAAAUUCAUCAGCGUCAGCAGUUUUUUUAGGCCUUGUCGCCGAUUUAUCUUAACAAGAUAUGCCCAGGUUUGCACUCAGCUGCGAAAAUUGUAAACUUCUUUCGUAAUAUACCUCACUGUAACUUGUCCUCCGUGAUAAAUCAGCAAAUAAACAAACAAAUAGGAUGAAGUGCAGUUACUAAAUUUACUCCAAACAGUCAGAACCAGCGUUGUCUAAAUAUUUGGUUUAGUCCUUGUAAUAAGGUGACUUUACUCGGGACGACUCGCGCCGACGAUUUUUAGCGUAACGCAGUGUUGCAACAUUGUUUGCGCAUUGCUGCGAAUGGUUACGACAUUGUUCCAACAUUGCAAUGCUCGCUGUUUUGCGCCAAAAAACAAUCGUUGCGAAUCGUCCCGUAUAGCAUCAGCUUAAUCUGAUUCUUGGAAUUUGCAGGAGCUUCUUCCAAACUUACGCCAGUGGCCGUUACCAAGACUUCUCCAGCUGCCUCAACGAUAUGACAGGUGGGUGAAACUUGGAAUAUUUAGGAAAAGGUUAAGCAUUCGAAGUAAAUAGUUGAUUACCAUUUACAAAAAGUUUCCGGAACAUGAGCUUGGAAUGUAAAUGGAACACAGCUUUUUUUCCGGCGGAAAAUUUACGGGAGCAACGGAACAUCUGAAACGGUAGUCCUAUUUUUUCCGAAAGCCGUCUUUGAAACCAGUCUCAGGCUUUCGCGGCCGUUUUUAGUUAAUAGAACUGAUUUGUACCAAUGGUAAACGCGAUGCCUGGACGAAAUUUACCAGUCCUGAAUUUUGUUUACCAUUUAAAUAUCUUUACCUAUGUAGAGUACCCACACUACCUGCCUCGAAUAGCUUUAGCUAAAUACAGGCAGUGUGUAUGUUUAAUGUAUUUCUUUGCUUUUUAAUAAAAUUGUUGUUGUUAUUGUUGUUGUUGUAUUUGCCUAAACCGUGUACCGUCCGAUUUGCCUAUGUUAAUGGUACACAACCAAUGUUUUCACUUUAUGGGGGUUCAUUUGCAAGACACGGCUUGCUGGCUGCGUUUUGACGAGGGUAUUUCUGCUGAGGGAAGAGCACUUCAGUAAAAAUGGAGAGGGCGUUUACUUGUCAAAAUUGCGGUUUCUCAAGCCAAUUUCUCCACCUUUUAUUACAAUAGUUUAAUUCAGCACUACCGGAAACGGAAGUGCAUCAAGUGUGGCUCCACUCCGGACGACCCUGCGGUAUGUUUGGUCUGCGGUAAAUUCACAUGUCUCCAAGGAAAUUGCUGUGUGGACGAAACAGGUGAAAGUAGACACUACGAGUGUAUACAGGUAUGUCACGUGACCUCAAAUCUCGUAAGUGCGACAACGUGGAUAUAUUGAUUUCAACUACAAAAUUAAUAGCUUGCAUCAUCCUUUACUCAAAUGCGUUCUUUGUUACCAUAGACGUAAACGUAAGCGUGAGUACAAUGGUGUUUACACGUUUAAAUGGACAGAUGCCUGCCCUACCCCUCCCCUAAGUCAACAUUACCACUUAGGUACUUCUCGCUUAGGGCAGAAUUUUUACUUAAUGGGGGGUAGGUAAAUCUCAAUAGACCUUUUUAACUUGAAGGUUUUGUUUUCCCAAUAGAGGUGAGUUUUAUCACAUGACCUAUAUUGGGAAAACAAAACAUACAAGCUAAAGAGGUCUAUUGAUCCCCUGAUUGAAUCAACAAGGUUACUUUGGGUAUUGGGUGUUGGGUAAUUGUGCAGUGAUUUCUGGUUGCCCUAAUGCCCAAUUGCCAAUGAUCAAUCACCAAAGCAACCUUCUAUUUAAUUAGGUACACACAGAAACAUAUGAACAAUAGUUUGGUGCUGCAGUUAUGGUGCCAAAUAAGAUUUCCAAUCUCAUAUAUUUUAGCGCUAAAUAUGACUCAAGUUCGUUGGUUGACGAAAUAUCACGAGCAUGUAAUUUCCAAUACACUCGAAAGUGAAAUCCAGGUGAAUUUCGUCAAGAUAUCACCGUAGAAUUCGAUGAUCUUUUUUCUUUAGGGUAGCCCUGACCACUAAUAUUCUUCAUCUCCCCCCCUCCCCUUUUCCUACUUUUCUCCUCUCUGUCUCUUUCUCACCCUCUCUUCGCAUAGUCCGCAUAAGUGGGCCUUUUUCCUAGACGUUCGUGGGGAAGGAACGCCUUACGUCUGCGUGGGAGGCUGUCUUUUUCCAUUCUUUUCAGACCCUGAUUGUUGUCAUUCUGUGUACUUUUGUUUAUCAGCAUGCACUGGACUGUGGGAGGGGAACUGGGAUAUUCUUAAUCGUACUCUCCUCAGUCAUUAUCAUUAUCAGAGGCGACCGCGUUUGUAUCUGGGGCUCAGUCUACCUUGACAGUUUUGGCGAGGAGGACCGGGAUCUAAGGUGAGUGAAUGUAGCAGUAUUGAAUUUAUUUGUUUCCGUUUUGUUGUUGUCAACGAGCCAAAGUGACAUUUGUCGAAACUGUCUUUGUUUUUUUUUUGUUUGUUUUCACAGACGCGGAAAGCCUCUUUUUCUGAGCCAAGAACGUUUCAAUAGACUUGAAGAACAAUGGUUGACUCAUAGCUUUGACCACAUGUGCAAGAGGUGGAAGCGCCACUUGAACACUCUGUAAACCAGUGAAGCUUCCUCGCAGGUCUUGAAUCGCCAGGCAUUCAUCUAUGCAGUGAAUCCUGAAUUGAAUGAUAUAGGAAGAUUUCGCCCCGAGGUCGGAGGAUGACAUUGAAUCUUUAUCAUUGUGGAACUUUGCGAUACCUUUUUUCUGCAGGCAGGGACGCUUAAGCAAAAUUCAAUGACAUCGAUUGUGGUCAAGGAAGUUUUGAAAAUCUUGUGUAUCAAUUAGAGCAUUCUCUCUAUGACGUUUGGAUCUGGCGGAGCUGGUUUCACGACCCUAUUCUAAGCAUUGACUCUAAAGAAACAAUUCUAAGGAGAUGUCUUGAGUUGGGAAGGCCUGCCCCAGGUUUGAAACAAUUCUUUCCAGUAUUGCAUGAGGUGGGACUGUGCGGCAAGUGAUUAACCCAGCCCUUUUUCUCUUUUAAAAUGGGACAUCUGCGAAACCUUAACAAGCUUACCAAAUGACGUCACUUAACGCUUGCUUCUUGGUCAGUAAUGUUCAUUUUGGAAGCCUGAUGGCGGAUUUUAGUUCGUGACCAGAACUGUCUGUUUUGGGACUAUUUUGGCAGCCUUAUUCUUCGACGGCCGUUUUAAACGCAGAGAGGGUUUGAAAAGAGCUUGCUAUGGUGGUGGUGUUUGUUAAAUACUUUCAACUGUGUAAAAAGUUAAUCUUGAACUUGGGGAAGAUAUAUAUUUUUGUUUAUUAUAGUUUAUUUAUGGUGAUGUACUGUGUCUAUAUAGGUAGAACUUGAAGGUGACAAAAGAGGAAGUCGGCAAUAUUGCACUUUCAAGUUUACCUCCUCGUCCAAAACACAUUCUAUGGGUUUAGUCUCGAUCUGAGGUAAAAAUUUACAAAUACUAGCGAGAGAUCGCCUUGUACAACUCUGUGCGUUUUGUGACUUUUUCAAGUAGCUACACGCCCAGGCUGUAAAAAUGCGUUGUUAGUGUUAUCUUAAGCAACAACCAUUAACUCGAAAGGAAAUAUUGCUAAGAAAAUAACAUCAACUUUACAUUAGACGAAGUUAUCUGGCCAAUCAUUCUCUCGUCACGCAAUGUUCCUUCCCGAACGUUGCGUGACGAUUGAAUAAACGGCCGCAUAGGAGGUUGCCUUUUCCCUGGGAAGUCAUACAGACACGUCUGGUAACAUUCGGUAACGGCUUGAAAAAGAGCAUGCGUGUUUAAAUUAUUAAAAGAAGUCAGUCAAAACGAAGUUGCUCCCACAAUAUAAGUUGUGCGGAAUUGUUAUUUUAAAAGAAUGAGCACUGGCGCGCUAAGUGAAUAAUGAACCCUGGAUAUAAUAUUCCAGGAGACUUUUAAGGUAAAGAAAUACCUGCAUUGCUAUGUUCAGGUCGUUGGGUGGUAUUAAAGUAUUGAAUUAUGUUUUGUU